GCCUCUACACCCCAGGCCCUAAGAACGUGUGCGUCUCGCUCCGAACCCGACGUGCGGGAGAAGGAGGUCGACUUCUUCGCCCGACAAGCACAGCUGCAGGCCGAGGCACGCAUGGCCCUCGCCCAGGCCAAGGAGAUGGCCAGGAUGCAGAUGGAGAUAGAGAAACAGAGUAAAAAGAAGAGCCCCAUUGCUGAUAUUGUUAGAGCCAGUUUUAACAAGAUCGGUGUCCCCUUCCCUGACAGCAAGAGAAGGAUCAGUAGACAGAUUCUGACAGAUAUGAACGUGGCCCAACUUCAGGUGAUAGUUAACGACCUCCACACGCAGAUUGAGAGUUUGAAUGAGGACCUGGUGACCUUUUUGAUGGAGAGAGACGACCUACAUAUGGAACAAGACUCUAUGUUGGUGGAUAUUGAGGACCUUACCAAACAUAUUGGUGCCAAGGAGAUGAGUCUACGAGGGUCAGUGGACAGUGCCAAGACAACACCAGCCUCUACGCCCCCAACCAGGAGUAAAUCAAGUUCUCUGAGGUUGAAAAAUAUGGUCAAGAAGUGAUAGAAGGCUCAACGCUAUGUGAUGGUACUCGCUGAAGGGUAAUUGUGGCUCAUAGAAGAUGGUAAUGGUUCAUAGAAGAUGGUAAUGGCUCACAGGAGAUGGUAAUGGCUCACAGGAGAUGGUAAUGGCUCAUAGAAGAUGGUAAUGGCUCACAGAAGAUGGUAAUGGCUCACAGAAGAUGGUAAUGGCUCACAGAAGAUGGUAAUGGCUCACAGAAGAUGGUAAUGGUUCAUAGAAGAUGGUAAUGGCUCUGAGAAGAUGGUAAUGGCUCACAGGAGAUGGUAAUGGCUCACAGGAGAUGGUAAUGGCUCACAGAAGAUGGUAAUGGCUCACAGAAGAUGGUAAUGGCUCACAGAAGAUGGUAAUGGCUCACAGGAGAUGGUAAUGGCUCACAGAAGAUGGUAAUGGCUCACAGAAGAUGGUAAUGGCUCACAGAAGAUGGUAAUGGCUCACAGAAGAUGGUAAUGGCUCACAGAAGAUGGUAAUGACUCGGAAGUUAAUCCAGAAGAUGGUAAUUACUCACAGAAGAUAAUAGUACUCACAUAUGACUCACAAAAGACCGUGGAUGUACUCAAUCAGUCGUACUCAUAAACACCCUGGUAAUGAAGUGUUAUGUCCCCCACACCUUGAGAGUUACUGAUGUGGCGUAGAAGUGAGUACUGUACAGCUCUAGUUUAUGAUACAGUACUGUAGUGGAGAUGUAUUUGUUUUGUAGUGGAGUUGUAUUUGUCAAGAGUACAGCUGUAGUUUAUGAUACAGUACUGUAGUGGAGAUGUAUUUGUUUUGUAGUGAAGUUGUAUUUGUCAAGAGUACAGCUGUAGUUUAUGAUACAGUACUGUAGUGGAGAUGUAUUUGUCAAGAGUACAGCUGUAGUUUAUGAUACAGUACUGUAGUGGAGUUGUAUUUUUCAAGAGUACAGCUGUAGUUUAUGAUACAGUACUGUAGUGAAGAUGUAUUUGUCAAGAGUACAGCUGUAGUUUAUGAUACAGUACUGUAGUGGAGUUGUAUUUGUCAAGAGUACAGCUGUAGUUUAUGAUACAGUACUGUAGUGAAGAUGUAUUUGUCAAGAGUACAGCUGUAGUUUAUGAUAC